AUGACUUCCUACCUCAGCUCUCUUAUAUGGGGCACGUCCCAAGUCGACGACGCUGUCGACAAGGCAACCUCGGAGUUGCUACCAGCAGGUAUGGAGGACAUUGCCCUCAACCUCGAAAUUAGCGACCAGAUUCGCUCGAAAUCUGUCUCGCCUAAGGAUGCUAUGCGUGCCCUGAAGCGCCGCCUGAACCACAAGAAUCCAAAUGUGCAGCUGCUAGCACUAGGUUUGACAGACACAUGUAUCAAGAACGGAGGAGAUCCUUUUCUGGUAGAGAUUGCAUCCAGAGAUUUCAUGGACAACCUGGUCUCAAUCCUGAAGAUUCCCGCGUUGAAUCUUGAUGUCAAGAAUAUGAUCCUGAGACUUGUUCAGAACUGGGCCCUCGCGUUCGACGGAAGACCAGGUCUCAGCUACGUCGGCGAGGUGUACCGAACCUUGCAGCGCGAAGGCAUGCUGCGCUUCACCUUCCCACCCCGAGACCCUGCGGCAACGAGCUCGGCAAUGGUCGAUACGCAGACUGCUCCAGAAUGGAUUGAUUCGGAUGUUUGCUUGCGGUGCCGGACGCCAUUCACCUUCACCAACCGCAAGCAUCACUGUCGGAACUGCGGUCAGGUCUUCGAUCAACAAUGUUCUUCGAAGAGUAUGCCACUGCCACACUUUGGUAUAACUCAGGAGGUCAGAGUAUGCGAUAGUUGCUACAACAAGCUCAACAAGAAAACCAAUAAGUACCACUAUCUGAUCCAUCCUAACCCCCGCAGGAUACACCGCUCAUCUCAAAGCGUCUCUACCUCCCGUCACCGCUCCGCGCGUGAUCUCGCUGAUGCUGAACUACAACGUGCGAUUCAGCUAUCGUUGGAAGAGAUUGGAGCGGCGAGUGGGCGACGACCCGGCUAUGUUCCCGCUCCAUCGUCGUGGCAAACGUCCGAGCCUCCCCUGGUGGACCGGCGGACAUAUCCAUAUCCGCCUGCUCGAGAUGAGGAAGAGGCAGACCCUGACCUUAAAGCGGCUAUUGAAGCUAGUCUACGAGAAGCCAAUGCACCCAAGCCGAGUGCCCCCGUCAGCUUCGAGACGCCGUCCUCAGAGCAGCCUUAUGGGCAAGGAUAUGGUUUUCCACAAUCAUACCCACCCUCUGCUGCGACUCCGAAGCCACGGGCUCCUCCUAUGCCGAACUACGAUCUAGGCCCAAUGGAAGCCGACGCUAUCAUGACUUUCAAUCAAACUGUGGAACAGGUACAGGCUCAGGGCGUGACGGACUUGUCCAGGUACCCUGCGGUGACCGAGCUGUACGAUAAAGCGAACGCACUUCGACCCAAACUCGCGAUGAGUCUUAGCGACUCCGGACGGAAAGAACAGAUACUGCAAGACAUGCACGAGAAAUUGUCUCAAGCUGUGAAAUUGUAUGAUAACCUCCUUACAGAACAAGUGUCACGACCGGCAUGGAGGGCGCCAUCCACAGCGCCAUCCACGAGUUACCAGGCACCUGCUAAUCCUGGCUAUGCCCCUCAGUAUCAGCAAACGAACGGUUAUUAUGGCCAAUGGGUACCUGAUUCUCGGACACCGCAACCGAUGUCCCCCCGCGCACAACCCCAGGUGCAGACCGUGGAACCCUCAUACUUCGCUGCAACGCCGCGCCCGCACGCUCCGAAUGGCGCAUAUAUAACGUCUCCUAUUUCUGAGCCAUAUCCACAGCAGUCGUUCCAGCACCAGCAGCCAAUACCGGCGCAAGUAUCAGAUCAUUCACAGUCAUACCCACAGUAUCCACGAGACAGUACACAGCAGGUCGCCGCACCUCCCCCGGUGUCUAUUCCGCAAUACAGUGCCCCUACGCCAGUACCGCAACGAUCGUACCCUCCCGUCACAAUUUCUCCGCCCCAAGAACCCUUGCAUCCUCCUGUCCAGGCCUCUGUGCCUCAGCCACAGGCUCCUCGACCGGCCCCGGAGGCGUCUCAGCAGCCUUACGCACCUCCUUCCAUGGCGAACGGCUACGUUCCGCGGCAUAAUACUAUGUCGCAUGCACCACAACAGCUUCAUCAACUCCAGCAACUUGCUGCGCCGCAGCUUCCCGCUUUCCCUACUGUGCCCACUGCCUCACCCCAGAUGUAUUCUGCAUACGGGUCACCGCCUGUGGAACCAGAAAGGAAGGAGGCGUUACUGAUCGACUUAUAA